AUGUUCAGGUUCUUUCGCAGGAAGAAGCAGACGCUGAAGAAGCUCUGCAUCUUCGCCGAGGAGCGCGAGCUCAAGGAGGGGGGGCUGGUGCAGGAGGUUCAGACGAUCCUGCAGGGGAAGGAGGUUCUCCCCGUCCUUGCCUCAGACCUCGAGGAGCUGAAGGAGACGUCGGAGGACGCGAGCGUCAUGUUGUACAUCAUCGACGUGUCGUCCGUUCGCAUCCCCAAGUGGGAGGCGUUCAGGUUCGUGCGGUCGGAGGUUAACAACCUGAAGAAGCAAGUGAUCUUCCUCGUGUGGACGAGCGACUUCCUUGAGAUCUGCCCUGACGACAUCCGAGACAUCCUCAACGGUGACGUGAACUGGUCCGCCACCACCCGCGAGCAGCUCGCAGACGUCCUGACCGACAAGAUCGACGAGGCGCCAAGUCAGACGCCAACAGCGAGCAAGGCAGAGGAGGCGCCGAAGCCUGCGGUCAAGAGGAUGUCCAGUCACAAGCUCGACAGCGUUGCCAGCACCCCAGCCCCCUCGCUCAAGGAGGAGGAGCAGGAGCUCCAGCGCCUGUCCGUCUCCUCUCGCCGCAUGUUGCCGAAGCCAAGCCGAGCAGCCGCUGAGUGGAGGAAGCUGAGGGAGAGGAGGAGAGGCCCCGACCGCGCCCCCUCCCCUCAGGUGCUCCCCUACUAUCAGACCGAGCAAGCGCCAUCAGCAGGGGGGGAGGGGGAGGAGGGGGAGGAGGACAAGUUCAAGCGAGUCUCUUCCAAGGGGUCGAGGAAGCCGGCGACAGACGCUGUGGAGCUGGAUAAGGAGAUCUUUCAGAGCCCAGCAGCUCCCCAGGAGCUGCCGGAUGACGAGGCUGCAGCGGAUAUCGAAGAGGAGCUGGACCUAGAGGAGGCAGCUGCGGGAGAAGGAGCGCAAGCGGACUCAAGCAAGUCGAGAGGAGACGCCAAGUCAACGAGCAACGCGAGGGAGGGGAACCGCGUGAGGCUCAACUUGGACCCGAGGAGCUCGGAGAUGUGGUCGGCUCUGACCAAAGAGAAUCAGGAGCUGGACAAUACCGUCGGGCUGCUACGAUCCUCGGCGAUCUCGGCCAAGAGCAAGAUGAUAGAUGACAGGAACAAGGAGAUCAGCGGGGCUGGGGGCGUUGAGACCUACGGCACUGUUGAUUUGCUAGUGGUCGAAGCUCGGGGGAUCAACAAGGACUUCGAGGACAAGACCCCCAAUCAGUACACGCGCGACGUCGUUGCUCGCACGCUGAAGCCGCGGAGCAGCUUCAAGUUCAACGUGCGAGGCGUCGAGUCCAUUAUCGAGCUGGAGGUCAUGGUCAUGGAUCUCGAGGGCUUCUACAAGCCCGUCGGGAUGGUCCAGCUGCCGGUCAGGAAGCUCGAGAAGCAGCCUUCCCUUCAAGGUUGGCACCAGCUCACUCGGAGAGGGGGGGGAGCUUCCAGCAUCGCAGUGAACCUCAAAGUUGAUUUCGACAAGCUAGACUUCGAUCCGCUUCUGCUGGCGGCUAAAGCUCGCAAGGAGCGCAAGAAGUUGCAGGAGGAAAGCAUGGCGGAACUCCCUCCCUGGAUCUCCAAGUGGGACAUCCACAGAGUCAAAGAAUUCAACGCGAACCUUCAGCAAGUCUUCAAGAGGAUGCGAGAUGCGCUGGAGGAAGACACGCUGGAGGCUCUCGAACAAGCCCACGAGGAGAUCUUUCGGUUCCGUCUGCAGGAGUACGAGCUUGCUCAUGAAAUCGUUCAGCGACUGGCCGAAGUCAGAGAAAAGAUGCAGGCGCAGGAGAAGGUUCGAUCCAAGAUGAUGGUGCUGGUCACCAAGGAGCAUGACAACAUUAUGUUCACCCUCACCGCUGUUCAAGACCUUCUCAUGCAGGCUAAGAGAGUCGAUCUCACGACUGAGGACCCGCUUGUCGCCAGGUGCAUGGAGCUACUCCAGGUUAUAGAAGAACAGAUCGCACAGAAAACCGCAUAG